GCAAACCCGUUUGGUAGAGCAACUUUGUCACAGUAUAAAAGGCGGCCGUCCACUAGCUCAUUGUUUCACAUCUAUUUGGUUCACACUAGAAAUGCUGAAAUAUACUCUGAUCUUUGCUUUGGCUGUGGUGCUGGCCAGCGGCACCAGUGACGACGAUCGCAAUGCGGAGCUGCUUAAGUCGGAGAAUCUGCAGAAUCUGGACGGAGCCGGGCAGUUUCAGCACGAGAUCGAGACCAGCAAUGGCAUCUCGGUGAAGGCCCAGGGAAAUGUGAAUGGCAUACAGGGCGAAUACUUUCUGCCGGGUGAGGAUGGAAAGCAGAUCCGUGUGACGUACACCGCGGAUGCCACCGGCUUUCAUCCCCACAUCAACUGAUCAGCAGAUCACCAGAUCAGAUAAAUGACCUUGACUAUAUAUACAUGGUACAUAUGUACAUAUUUAUGAAAUUGUAUCUGUUUGUUAUCAAGUGCAAUUAAAACGUUGGCAGCAUUUUGCUCCAUUU